AUGUCAUACGUAUAUAUUCUUAAGCAACAACGUCUUGCUGUUGGUCUUGAAAAAAUAGAUGAAGCACAAGUUCAAUUGAAAGAUUUAGAUGCACGUUUACAAGUUCAACGUAAAGAAUUUGCAAAACGUUCAGAAGAAUGUCGACAUUUAUUAGAAAAAAUUGCAGAAAAACAAGCAUCUGCAACAGAAAAAGAAACAGAAGCAUUGGAUACAAAAAAAAUCACUUGA